AUGACGAUCCCAAAGUGCCAUCGAGACCGGCGCCUGACUAUCACCGCGGAUGACCUAAUCGCUGGCUUUGCGAGACUUGGAUUAGCUGACUACGUGCAGCCCAUGUCCGAGUUUCUACGCCUAUAUCGUGAGAACGUUAACCAGCAGGUUGUAGCACCGCCAGCACCUCCGGCACCAACCGUGGAGGAAGAGAUGGCAGCACCACCGCCACCACCGUCGCCGGAUCUCACGCUGCAGUUGGCACUGCCAUCCGUACGUGAUGUCACGGAGCUAGCGCCUCAUACUGACGUGUAUGCUUUGUGGCCUGGAGGAGCACAGGCGGCGGUGGGCACCUCGUUGGCGCCGGUGCCGCCACCUGCUGCUGAUGAUGAAGACGAUGAGUGA